CUGAACUACAAUUGAGUCGGCUGAAACUGAUAAUAAAUAAAUUCUGUAAACAAAAAAUCGCAAAAAUUCCUGUAAUUUCAUCCUUUUAAAGGACAUAAAAUGUCGGAAACAGAAGCUAGUCAACAACAAGAGCCCGAAAGCAAGGAACAGAAGCCCGAAACACCUGCAGCUCCAAGUAACAACAGCAAAAUCGAUAUCUACUUGAAUGCAGUCGGAAGUUCUCCAAUUAUGAAAAAUAAACGAUGGGCAGUGGAUCAGGAGAAGCAAGUUGACUGGGUGAUCAAAUUUAUUCACAGAUUUCUCAAAUUGAAGCCAGAAGAAAGAAUUUUCCUUUAUGUGAAUCAAACCUUCGCACCGCCUCCGGAUCAGUCAAUAAGGAACAUUUAUGAUUGCUAUGGCGCUGGAGGGAAAUUGAACUUGUACUAUUGCAUCUCGCCAGCAUGGGGUUAAAAGGGUUCUGGGUUGAUUUUUUUGAUAAUUUUUCUAAAUAUUUGAAUUCCUUUAAAUAUAAUUUAAAUUAAAAGAU